GGGUGUCGUGUCAGUCAGACGGUAUAUUUAGUGAUGCCCCAACGUGAAACCCCUGUUGUGAAGAGCCGGUGGCUUGGAGGUGACCUCUCCAUCCUCUGUCACCGCCGGCAACAGACUGGCGCGCGGCCGCGCGCGCAGAGAAGCUGUCCGUCAAAUCACCGCCAACCUGAGACUGACUUCGGCGCGGAGAGUCGGUGGGAGGCGCAGUCAUCACCUGCGGCUCGUCCAUGCGCGGCUUCAUCUUGCCUCUCGUCAUCGCUCGGCGGAGUCUUGACUGCAAGCUGCGGGUCGAGGAGCAUCUGCAACCACGAGGGUGUUGUGUCAUGGAGAUUCUGGACAACAUGGGUGAGGAAGGAUUGGAGUUGGAGGGAUCGGCCACCACAGCACCCCUUUCCAACACCAGCCUAGAUGGUGCCACCAAUAUUACCAACAUUACUUUCUCCCCCUACUAUCAGCACUCUCUGUAUGUGGCUGCCAGCUACAUCCUGGCCUACUUCUUCAUCUUUCUGCUGUGUAUGGUUGGAAACUGCCUGGUGUGUCUGAUUGUAAUGGAAAACCGUCGUAUGCGCACAGUCACCAACCUCUUCAUCCUCAACCUUGCUAUUAGUGACCUGCUGGUGGGCAUCUUCUGCAUCCCUACAACACUGGUGGACAACCUCGUCACAGGCUGGCCCUUUUCCAACAUUGUGUGCAAGAUGAGUGGCUUUGUGCAGGGUGUGUCUGUUGCUGCAUCUGUCUUCACCCUAGUGGCCAUUGCUGUGGAAAGGUUUCGCUGUAUAGUGUACCCUCUACAACCCAAGCCAGCUGCACUUGUUGCCCAGGCGGCCAUCGUCUUUAUCUGGGUGCUGGCAGUGGUGAUCAUGUGUCCCGCUGCAAUGGCCCUGACUGUGGAGAAGUUUCCUUCCCACUACAUGGUGUACAAUGAUGACUUCAACCACACACUCCCCGUGUACACCUGCUAUGAAAACUUUGAUAACCCACGGAUGAGAAAGGUCUACACGGCAGUUCUGUUUGCUCACAUCUACCUGGUGCCCCUCACUGUCAUUACCCUGAUGUAUGGAAGUAUCGGAGUCAAGCUGUGUUCCACUGUGGUUGCAAACAGAGAGCCGCAGCUCGGCAAUGCAGUCCAGGUGGGAGUCAGAAGGGGGGGUCAGCCAAUGAUAUCACAGAAAAAGAUCAAGGUGAUAAAAAUGCUCACCCUGGUGGCUUUGCUAUUCAUGCUGUCCUGGUUGCCCCUCUGGACCCUAAUGAUGAUGACAGACUAUGCAGGCUUGGACAGGGACCAGCUGGACCUUCUGACCAGCUACAUCUUCCCCUUCGCCCACUGGCUUGCCUUCUCCAACUCCAGCAUCAACCCCAUCAUCUACGGCUACUACAAUGAAAACUUCCGGAGGGGCUUCCAGGCAGUGUGCAAGUCCAGGCCCCUCUGUUGCCUUGAGCAGUGUCAGCUGCUGAUGAGGGUUUUCAGGUGGGGCAGGAAAGGAAGGUCUGCGCUGGCACCUUGUGGGGGUACUGACUUCAGAGAUGCCACUAGCAAGACAAAGGUCAUGGGGCUGAGAAAUCGAGUCCAUAAUGAGGACAAGGUGAAUGACCCAGCAGAGGUGAACAGGAGCGCAAGGGUGGGUUGUGCGAUGGUCCGCUCAGAGAGAAGUCUUUCAAAUCAAGAUUUAGAAAUGGCACCGUUACCCAAGAAGGGCAGUAAUGGUGAAGAGUCAGAGAGGGUUAGUUCUCUGGCAGUUUCAGUGUAUCAGGCGUGGGAUAACUAAAUCCUACGCCUUCACAGAAAUCAACCACAUAAAGCUAAGAUAUUUUGCAUCGUAGUCCCAAGAUAAAACUGCGAUUUAUCCGAUUUUGCAAGUGUAAUGUGGUCCCUGUUUGGAAUGAUGGUUGCACAUUGCAAUCCUAGUUCUUGGCAGCGCCUCAUCUUUGAUCCCAGGCUCAGCCAGUCAGGAACAGCA